GCCCACAGUUAGUCUUAAUUUAUAUUUUAUGUGACAAUCAAUCGAUUAAUGAGGAAUGGACCAAAACAAUACCUAAGGUAAAAGGUAUAUACACACAAAUCGAACCGAUUUGUAAAGCAUUACAAAUCAAUCAAGAAAAUUGUGAUCGAGCUAUGAUCUCGAUAAGUUUUAAUAGAAUUGAUCCAUUAUUUAUGUAUACACAAUUGUUAAAAGAAGCACUUUUGCAAAUAGAAGAUGAUGAUGCAAAAUCGAUUAAGGAACUCGUUGAAUAUUGUCAUCUUCAAGACGAUGUUUCCAAAACAACACUUGACAAGAUCGAACGAGAAUAUCGUAACCAUACAGCCAUUUGGUGGUACACAGGUCCAUAUUUUAUCUACUCAAUGCUUAAUUGUGGUCUUCGACAAAUGGAUGUUGAUAUUAUCCUGAAGAUGGGCUUUUUCAUCCGACAUCUACAUCAGCAUAUUACCGAACUACAUCGCGAACAAAAAGCCAACAUACCAGCAAAAUUUGAAGUCUUUCGUGGACAAGGUUUAACAACUUGA